AAAAAUAAUGGACUCGGUUGUCGUUAAAAAAGCAGAUCGUUCUGAAGAAAAGUAUUUUACUUUUGAUAAAAUUCCUGAUCUGGCUGGAAAAGUUGCAAUUGUUACGGGAGGAAAUGCUGGAAUAGGUUAUUUUACAUCUAGAGAAUUGGCUAGAAAAAAUGCACACGUGUUCAUAUUAGGUCGUAGUAUCGAGAAAUGUCAGGCUGUCGUUGAAAAAAUCAUAUCCGAGACUGGUAAUCGAAAUGUUGAAUUUCUACAAUUGAAUUUAAAAAGUUUAAAAUCUGUUAAAGAAUGCGCCGAAAAUUUUUUGGCAAGAGAUUUGCCAUUGCAUAUUUUAAUUAACAAUGCGGGAGCCACAACAAUUACAUAUUCACUUACUGAGGAUGGAAUUCAAGAGGAAUUUGGAGUCAAUCAUCUUCUCACUACAUUAUUAUUAUCAAAAAUUAAAGCUUCACAACCAGCACGUAUAGUAAAUGUUAGCAGUUCUGGUCAUGCUAGAGUUGCUGGAAUUGAAUUCGAGAAAUUAAAUGAUCCAAAUGCACAUGACUCGAAGCAACGUUAUAGACAAUCAAAACUUGCAAAUAUUUUAUUUACUAACGAAUUAAAUAAACGAUAUCUUGAAGGAGAACAAGUAUAUGCUAACUCUCUUCAUCCAGGUCUUGUAGAUACCAACAUGUUAAGAAGAAACGAUUUAUCUUUCGCGGAAACUUUUCUAUCUUCUUCAAUUUCACCUGAAGACGGAGCUAUAACUAACUUAUAUUGUGCUACCAGUCCAGAAAUAGAAGAGAAAAAUUAUCGCGGAAAGUAUUUUGUCCCAUUCGGUGUAGUAGGUGAAAAAUCUUCGUAUGCUGAAGAUGAAGAUUUGGCCAAGAGGCUUUGGGAAUUUACUGAGAAUUUGAUAAACGAGAAGUUAUCGCAAAAUUAA